AUGCAUUUAAAAAGCAUUUACUCCAGUAAUGUUACCAGAGUUAUUUCCAGAAACUACAUAUCACCACAAUUCUCAUUGCUCUCCCUCUCCUUGUCAGUGCUGCAAAAUGCUUUUGAGUUCACUUCAAAAUCUAGUUGUGUACAAUGGGAGCAUCAUUCUAUGCAGACUUCGAUUUACAUAAUGGAGACAAUAAAUGGGAUGGUUACCAGAGUUAUUUCCAGAAACUACAUAUCACCACAAUUCUCAUUGCUCUCCCUCUCCUUGUCAGUGCUGCAAAAUGCUUUUGAGUUCACUUCAAAAUCUAGUUGUGUACAAUGGGAGCAUCAUUCUAUGCAGACUUCGAUUUACAUAAUGGAGACAAUAAAUGGGAUGGUAUUAGGUAAGUUGCAGGUGGCACCGGUAAAAACUGCUCUUAAGGCCGGUUUCAGCAAUCAAAGUAGUAAUGUAUCGCUUUCUGUUUUUCAAUUUUAA